AUGGAAAUGAGCUCAAUCUUCAUCAUUCAUUCUUACAGAGGGGCAACGCUCCGACCGCGUUCUGCGCCCGGCAGCGGUUCUAUGCAUCAUCAGCACUUCCUAAGCGCAAGGGUUGUCCAACUCACUCCCCCCCCAACCACACCUCCCAGGCGGCGGCAGCAGUUACGUAUUGAAACGGCUGUUGGAGCUAGUCAACACCCGGCCUUCUGUUCACCGUUUGAACCCUGUGACGGAGAGGAUAACAUGUUCAUGCCGAUAGAGUAUGUGCCUCUCAACAUCCUCCGUACAGACAGAACCGGAAUGCAACAAGUAUCGGCAACCCCUCUCUGCUUUUUCUGGCCCAUUCCAAGCAGAAUAAAAUUCCGUGGGGGGGUUACCAAUGCUUUUGCGGAGUUGAACUGUCGCAGAGGCCAAUCUGUCUUCAAGGGAACGAACGGGCUUGUUUCCAAAGACCCGGGCCCCAGCUUUCACCCAGCCAAUCAACCCCCUCCGAUAAGCUUGGUUGAACCGAUUCGGGGCACCCAAAAAAAGAACAACCUUCUGUUCGAGCCCCCCCGGUCGCUUGCUGAUAAGGCACGCAGCGUCAGCAAAUGA